AUGGUCACCCGUGCCCGUGCAGGCAUCAGCAAGCCAAAUCCUCGCUACGCCAACGUCGCUGUUGCACCAGCCAUCUCACUGAUCCCCACCACUACUCGGGCAGCUCUUCGUGACCCAAAUUGGAGUGCCACCAUGCAGGAGGAAUUCAAUGCCCUGAUCGACAACAACAUUUGGGAUCUAGUGCCUCGACUGUCUGGCGCCAAUGUGAUCACUGGUAAAUGGGUAUUCCGCCAUAAACUUCAUGGUGAUGGAACCCUAGAGCGCUACAAGGCUCGUUGGGUCGCGCGUGGUUUCUCUCAGCGCCCCGGAGUGGACUAUGAUGAAACAUUUAGCCCGGUCGUGAAGCCGACUACCAUCCGCACCGUUCUCACCUUGGCAUCAUCCCGUGGUUGGCCGACGCCAAGGGACCAGUUUCAGCACUUCGCCGCCGUCGUCACCAAGCUGCGCUUCGUCGCAUCGCGUUCUGAUGCAUCCUUGUUCAUCUACAACACUGGUGAUGAUGUUGCUCUUAUCCUGCUGUAUGUUGAUGAUAUACUCCUGACCAGUGGCGGAGGACGCGAUGAAAUUAAGGCUGCAUAG